AUGGCAUGGGAGCUCAUGAAUGAACCUCGCUGCCAAACUGAUUACUCUGGAAAAACAGUCAAUGGUUGGGUUAAAGAAAUGGCAACUUUUGUGAAGUCCCUAGAUAGAAGACAUUUGCUUGAGAUUGGCAUGGAAGGAUUUUAUGGAGAUACAAUGCCAAAAAGGAAGCAAGUCAAUCCAGGAUACCAAGUCGGGACGGAUUUCAUUAGCAACAACCUUAUAAGAGAGAUCGAUUUCACUACCAUACAUGCAUAUCCUGAUAUCUGGUUAUCGGGGAAAAGUGACAACGAACAAAUGGCUUUUAUGGAAAGAUGGAUGUCGAGCCACUGGAAUGAUGCUAGAAGAAUUUUGAAGAAGCCACUUGUCAUAGCCGAAUUCGGAAAAUCUAGAAAAGAUCCAGGAUACAGUUUAACUGCUAGAGAUUUAUACAUGGGCGAUGUAUACAGAGAUAUAUACAGAUUUGCAAGAACAGGAGGAACAAUGAGUGGAAGUUUAGUAUGGCAACUUAUGGCAGAAGGCAUGGAUUCAUAUCAUGAUGGAUAUGAAAUUAUCUUAUCUCAAAAUCCCUCAACUGCUGGAAUCAUGUCAAGGCAAUCUCAUGCCAUGACAGAUUUAUCUCAUUUGUUCAUUGGACCUCACCAUGCUCAGACUUCUGCUCCUUGA